AUGGCGCAGGGACAGUGCAAGUUCCAGGCGCAGAAACCUAAAAGCAAGGCAGCGGCAGUGGCUGUGGACAGGAGCCGAGGGCUGAGGAAAGGUGGUCAAGCCAUUGCUCCCAAGAAGGUGCGUGUCCUGCAGCAGCAAAAGCUGAAGAAGACCCUGGAAGUGGGGAUCCGGAAGAAGAUUGAGCAUGACGUGGUGAUGAAAGCCAACUCCAGCCUGCCUAAGAAGCUCGCACUGCUGAAGGGCCCAUCAAAGAAGACAGGGGCCGCCACACUCAACAAGACACCAUCCUAAAGGCACUGGGACUUUGCAGGUGACCCCACAGGCUGGCCGGACUUGAACAGGACCCCCCUCCACUCCUAAUGGCACCUGGGACAGCAAUGGGCAGGUGAUGAUAAAGCCUGAGGCCAGCUCCGCAGGGUACUGAAGAGGCACUCAGCUUCCUGUAGGCUCAGAGUCUGUCUUUACUGUGGUGACACCGUGUGAUGAACCUGGCUCUGAUGUCCCUCUGGCUCUCAAGCAGCUCAGUGGGGAGGCUGUUUGAGGGUAGGUGAGCCUCACUGUUCUCCACAAGAAACUUCCCCCACCCCCUCAGUGCCCUUGACAGCCACAGACCCAAGAAAGGGCAAUGGCAUCAAUAGCGGAAGCUGGCGGGUACAGGUAAUCUCUUCCCCAGGUCCUGGGUGGCCCUGGCCCCAAAAGCCAUCCCCUCUAGUCAUCUAGUGUCAG